UGCAACGCUCGCGAGAUCAAGAGGGGGAGUAAGUUAAGGAAACAUGGCGAUGUCUAAUCUAUUAAAGAACAAAGGCUCCCUCCAGUUUGAGGAUAAGUGGGAUCUGAUGCGCCCAAUUGUCCUGAAGUUACUUCGCCAGGAGUCUGUAACGAAGCAGCAGUGGUUUGAUCUUUUCUCAGAUGUUCAUGCGGUUUGUCUAUGGGAUGACAAAGGCCCAGCAAAGAUUCACCAGGCUCUUAAGGAGGACAUUUUAGAUUUCAUAAAGCAAGCCCAGGCGAGGGUGCUCAGUCACCAAGAUGACACGGCCCUCCUCAAGGCCUACAUUGUGGAGUGGAGGAAGUUCUUUACUCAGUGUGAUAUACUACCUAAGCCAUUUUGCCAGCUUGAGAUCACUCUGAUGGGGAAGCAAGGCAGCAACAAGAAGUCCAACGUGGAGGACAGCAUAGUGCGGAAGCUGAUGUUGGACACUUGGAAUGAAUCCAUUUUUUCCAACAUUAAAAACAGGCUGCAGGAUAGUGCAAUGAAGCUUGUCCAUGCUGAAAGACUUGGAGAGGCUUUUGACUCUCAGCUUGUCAUCGGGGUACGCGAGUCUUAUGUCAACUUGUGUUCCAACCCUGACGAUAAGCUACAGAUCUACAGGGAUAACUUUGAGAAGGCCUACCUGGACUCCACAGAGAGGUUCUACAGGACACAGGCUCCUUCUUACCUGCAGCAAAAUGGAGUCCAAAACUACAUGAAAUAUGCAGACGCUAAAUUAAGGGAGGAGGAAAAACGUGCACUACGUUAUUUAGAGACACGACGUGAAUGUAACUCUGUUCAAGCACUUAUGGAAUGUUGUGUAAAUGCACUGGUGACAUCAUUCAAAGAAACAAUCUUGGCAGAAUGUCCAGGCAUGAUUAAACGCAAUGAGACAGACAAGCUUCAUCUGAUGUUCUCACUGAUGGAUAAAGUGCCAAGUGGAAUUGAACCCAUGCUUAAAGAUUUGGAAGAACACAUCAUCAGUGCUGGCCUGGCCGACAUGGUUGCUGCUGCCGAGACGAUCACAACGGACUCUGAGAAGUAUGUGGAACAGCUUCUCACUUUGUUCAACCGUUUUAGUAAACUUGUGAAGGAAGCUUUCCAAGAUGAUCCCCGAUUUCUCACGGCCAGAGAUAAAGCAUAUAAAGCAGUUGUGAAUGAUGCUACAAUAUUUAAGUUGGAACUACCUAUGAAACAGAAGGGAGUGGGCCUCAAAACACAACCCGAGUCCAAGUGUCCAGAGCUGCUAGCCAACUACUGUGACAUGCUGCUGAGGAAGACACCACUCAGCAAGAAGCUCACCUCAGAGGAGAUCGAACUGAAGUUAAAGGAAGUGUUACUGGUGCUAAAAUAUGUCCAGAAUAAGGAUGUGUUUAUGAGGUACCAUAAAGCCCACCUAACCAGGAGGCUGAUCCUGGACAUCUCAGCUGACAGUGAAAUUGAGGAGAACAUGGUUGAAUGGCUCAGGGAAGUUGGUAUGCCAGCCGAUUAUGUCAAUAAGCUAGCUAGAAUGUUCCAAGACAUAAAGGUCUCAGAAGAUCUAAACCAGGUCUUUAAGGAGAUGCAUAAACACAACAAGCUUGCUUUACCAGCUGACUCCGUAAAUAUAAAGAUCCUGAAUGCUGGAGCAUGGUCACGCAGCUCGGAGAAGGUCUUUGUUUCACUUCCUACUGAGCUGGAGGACCUCAUUCCUGAAGUUGAAGACUUUUACAAGAAGAAUCACAGUGGCAGAAAGCUGCACUGGCACCACCUUAUGUCCAACGGCAUUAUUACAUUUAAAAAUGAAGUGGGUCAGUAUGACUUGGAGGUCACAACCUUCCAGCUGGCUGUUCUUUUCGCCUGGAACCAAAGACCCAGAGAGAAGAUCAGCUUUGAGAACUUGAAGCUUGCCACUGAGCUGCCUGAUGCAGAGCUGAGACGCACACUCUGGUCUCUUGUUGCCUUCCCAAAACUUAAACGGCAGGUCCUUUCAUAUGAACCUCAAGUGAGCUCUCCCAAAGACUUCACAGAUAGUACCUUGUUCUUCGUUAACCAGGAAUUCUCCUUGAUAAAAAACUCCAAAGUGCAGAAGAGGGGGAAGAUUAACCUGAUUGGUCGUCUUCAGCUGACUACAGAGCGAAUGAGGGAAGAGGAGAAUGAAGGCAUAGUUCAAUUAAGAAUAUUAAGAACACAGGAGGCCAUUAUUCAAAUAAUGAAGAUGCGAAAGAAGAUCACAAAUGCCCAGCUGCAGACCGAGCUGGUGGAGAUCCUGAAAAACAUGUUCCUUCCCCAAAAGAAGAUGAUCAAGGAGCAGAUUGAAUGGCUAAUCGAGCACAAGUACAUCAAGCGUGAUGAGUCAGACAUUAACACAUUUAUCUACAUGGCAUAGCACUGAGGUUCACGCUGGAAAUGCCUUUCGUUCCAAUCAAGACGAAGAGAGUGAACAUGCAGCGGCUCAGCAGUGGGAGAGGAGUGCUGACACAACGGAGCAAACCAAGCUGGCUGCUGAUCUUCUCGUGGAGUGAUGGGCUUGUUUUACAUGACAGUCACACACCAGAAUAGCUUGUUUUCAAGAAAAAUCCCUGCCUUACCUUACAGUAAAGAAACCUGAGAUGAGGAUGGGAGAUUUCAGUGGAAAAACAAAAAAUGAACUAUAUUUUUGCCAACAGGUAGUCAGUAUGCAUGGUGCGUGGUUUCCUUCAUUUUUUUUUUUUUUUGUGAGUGUCGACAUCAACAGCAUGCUGUCGGUGAGAAUGUCUGUCAUCAGAGGAGCUUGUUUGUGUGUGCUGUGUUUGUGUGUGUGAGUGUGUGUCCUUGUCUGGUCCAGGCUCUCCACUCUUCUCCUCUCCAGCUCAGCUCUCAGCCUGGUCCAAAAGCUCUCACUGCAGCCACAUGGGAGCUCCGUCACCAGGGUGGUGGACUGGAGCAUUAGCACUUUACGCAUUCUGCCACACAUUCAGCAUGGCCAUGUUCCUGUCAUCUGUUAUGUGUUGCUUUGGAUUCUUUAUUUUGAGAAUAUAUUAAACUUCGAUAGUUAAUGAUGGUGUAUUAUCCUGUAAGGAGGCCAUUUUGAUUUCACCAUGGAGUUCACUUUACUUUCCCCUUAUUCAUUAUUACUGACUUCUCUUUAGGGCCUGCACAAUGUCAGAUAUAGUUACAGCGUGAUAUAACACACACACGCACAGGCUGCAGUUCUGCUGCACAGUUGGAGGUUUAGUAAGCAUCUGUUCUCUUAUUACUGGUUUUGUUUCGACUUGCCCCAGAGAACACGUUACUCCUUUUCCGUUGACCUUCAAGACACAUUGGCUUGUUAGUGAUGGGCAGCUGUGUUGUUUUAAAACUGUUCUGUUGGAACGGUUUGGUUUCAUGAAGCGGCUCUCAACACUAGAGCGCUUCAUACCCUCAUCAACAUGUCAACAUGCAAGGAUCAAUGUUAUCAUGAUAUAGAAAUUAUAUAAGGAAUAUUUUCUAGUGUAUUUCACUCAUUUAAUAUCAGUUCUUUCUGACCGGUAUCGUUACUCUGUUUCUAAAUGUCAUUUUUUAAUAGCGCAGCCUCCCAUACAAUUUUGAGCAAUGUGGUAGUGAUACUGUUUUCCGUUAUCAGUUUUGCGCGCUAAGUGAUAUUGCUAUAAUUUACAAUUUUUGUUACUGACACCCUAUUGUUUUUAAAUGUCACACCAGUUAUUAGUUAGGGUGUGUGACCUAAAGCAAGUGCUUUAAAUUAUCCUCUUGAUUACUGAGAUCUAUGAUGAUGGAUGAGGAAAAAAUCAUUACGUUUUACAUAAAGCACCAAAACUAAGUACAUGUGACAUAUUUCAAAUCAUGUUUCAGUAUUUAUUCCCAUACACUUUUUAAAUAGUCUUCUGAAAAUCACCCAUCUUUAUUUUUUAGUCUACUUUCAAUCAGUGUAGAUAUACUAUGUGUAUGGAUAAAUAGGUAACAUACAGGGUUUAUUUAUAAAUAAUUUAUUUCAUUUGCUAAUCGUUAUACAAUCCUGAGCCGCAUGAAUCAACCAGGUGUCAUUACAAUGUGAAAAACGAGCUCCCAUUCACAGACCAGACAGGAAAAGCUGAAACACAAACACACUGACAAAUGCUUCAUCUGUAAACACAUAUACUGAUGCGUGAUUUGUUUGUUCAUUCAUUCAUUCAUUCAUUUAUUCUCCUUCAGUAAGCACUUUAUCCAAGAUAGAGUCAUCAUGGAUCUGGAAUUUAUCCCAGGAAUGGGUACAAGUUGUGAAUACAUUGGGCUUGGCCACCUGUCUGUCACAUGGUAUCAUACACUUGUUCACAGCUAGCAUAGCGAAUGACCUGUUAUUUUGGAAGGGUGUAGAAUCAUAUAAGAAACCCACACAGCCCAGCGGAAGAAUUUGAGAAAUUCAGGACUGCGAAAAAUCUAUUGUCUAACUCAAUUAUUUUUCAUUUCAUAAUGUGAGUGAAAGCGUAAAUGGUUUUUGAUGUUUCAGGUGUGUAAUAAUUCAGUUUUGUUUAGGUUUCUACAGCAUGAAAUGAUUAAGUUUGACAUCUGUGGUUUGAAUGCAAGGUUUCCAUUAAGUAGAGUGACACUACAAGACAAUAUUAAAAUUUCUCAAAACUACCUAAAGAAUGAAUUGUUAAUUAAAUCAGAUUUCUUAUGCUAUUUUAUUGCAAGCGUAUUUAAUUUGACAAUAAAAUUUGAUGGAAAUGCAUUUAAAUUCAGGAAUGACUAAGCAAAUAUUUACCCAAAUUAUUUUUUACA